AUGGAUACACAAGAACAGCAAGAACAGCAGCAAGAACAGCUACAGCAACAGCACAGUACGAAACAGUUACAGGAAAUAUUUCAAACAACGUAUAGACGUUAUUUAUCCCAAGGUUUGGAUUCGAAUGAUGCAGUAGCACGAACGUUAUUGGCACUCCAACAUGUUUCAACUAAAAUCGAUGAAGAAGAAAAAGACGACGAUGUAGUCAAUUAUAAUCAUCAUCGUACCGUAUCAGAUGAUGUAAAAAUGGAAGAAUCAGAGGAAGAAUCAGAAGAUAUUGAUAUGAAGACGUUAAAGGAGACAGGAAUUGUGUCAACGUCUGAAGUAGCAAGUGAGUUGGCUACUUCAAGUCUUACGGAAUCAUCAAUGACUACUGCUGCGACAAGCACAAAUCGGACAAGAACUGUACCUGUAGAAACAAACCGAGUCUUAACCUCAAGUGGUGAUGAUAUGACAGCAAGGACUUGUAUUCAUCAACCCAUGGGAACGCAGCUAGAAAAUGCGUUAGAGCUGGCGAUAGAGACAAAGGCGUAUCGAAUCGUCAAGAGACUUGUGUAUCAAGUAUUUUCAGAUCCAGAUACACUCAAUGCUGCAUUUAUCAGUGGAAAUACAACGGAAGAAGAAGAUAGACAGGCAAAAUGGUGGCGCAUUGAUCGAGACAAGAUGACACGAGUGUUUACACUACUGAAUACUGCUAUGCUAGGUGCUGACCGGGAAGCGAUGCAAAACACCUUUCGAAACGCACUAGAGAUGCUGAUUACACAGCCCUGGAAUGUUUGCUCAACCUGGCAUUCUCCACGUACAUUGCGUUUUUUUCUCAUAAUGUUUGAACACCCGUCAAUGUUUGACCCAGACUACUUGAAUGUCCUGGGUGGGCUUUGCAGACUCUUUUAUUACUUGCCUGAAGAUGCGAAGGCUCUUGUUCGCACUCAGUGGUCAACUUUCUUCACAGCGGACGAGCUACAUCGACUGUUGGACAUGCUUCAACAAGCAAUCACUGUGUGUCUUUAUGGCUCGCGCAAAAUGGAUCUCGUGUAUGCAGCUUGUGGCGUGCUUGCGCAGCUCCAGAUUGUAAACCGCGAGCGGGCAAAUGGCCAUGAGCCGUUUGCCGCAUAUCAUGAGUUUUACAAUGACGCUGUAAAUUCAGAGGUAGACAUUGCGCAGGACUAUUCGCGCUCCAUUAUCUUUUGGAAGAAACGCCGUUCUGCCCUGCCUUCUGCUCGUCGUCUGGAGCAGGGGGAGAUUCAACGACGUUAUCAGCAGAGUGAAGGAGAUGCUGUGACUGAGCGUGAGCGUGUGGACAAUGCGAGAAGACAAGAAGAUGCUAGACGAAACGCUGAAUCCAUGCCGGAGCGCAUGCUUUCGGAAAUGUCGUUUUGUGAUUUUCCUUUUGUUUUGGAUGCGGGUUCCAAAAGCAAAGUGCUGCAAAUUGACUCCGAUCUCGAGCAGCGUGCACGUGCGCAAGAUGCCGUACUGUCUCACUCUGUAUUGCUGUCGGAACGUGCACAAUCACCUUACUUGGUACUAAAAGUGCGACGUGAAAAUAUCGUAGAGGACGCAAUGCAGCAGUUGGUUCAUUUAUCUUCGUCCGCGGAGACGCUGAAGAAGCCUCUUAAGGUUAAGUUUGUGGGCGAAGAAGGCGUUGAUGAGGGUGGUGUACAGAAAGAGUUUUUCCAAAUCCUCAUUCGACAGCUACUGGAUCCGGCCUAUGGUAUGUUCACGUACGAUAAGGAAACACAUACAUUGUGGUUUAACUGCGACUCACUGGAAGCCACGAUGGAGUUUGAGCUCAUUGGUACGCUGCUAGGUCUUGCCAUUUACAACGCUGUCAUUCUGGACGUUAGCUUUCCUCACAUUGUGUACAAGAAAAUCAUGGGCUGCACACUUGGACUGGAAGAUCUGGAGUUAGCAAUGCCUGAUCUCGGACGUGGUCUACGUCAGAUGUUGAAAUUUCAGGGUGACGUAGAAGGAGUUUAUCAGCGUAGUUUUGAGUACUCGUAUGAAAUGUUUGGCAAGGUGAAGACGGUGGAGCUUAAGCCAAGAGGCAGCUCGAUUUCAGUGACCAAUGACAAUUGUGACGAGUACGUAGCUCUAUACGUAGACUAUGUGCUGAACAAGUCGGUCUCUCGACAAUACGCUGCCUUUCACCGCGGCUUCCACCAGGUUUGUAACCAUGAGGUCCUAAGCAUGUUCCGGUGGGAAGAGUUGCAGUUGCUGAUCUGUGGCAGCAGCGACCUGGACUUUGAGGCUCUUGAGGAAGCUACGCAUUACGAAGAUGGAUUUGCAAAAGACAGCGAAAUCAUUCGAGAUUUCUGGGUCAUCGUUCACGCGCUUUCGCUAGAGGACAAGAAGAAACUGCUCCGAUUCGUUACAGGUAGUGAUCGCAUACCUAUUCGAGGCCUUUCAAACCUUGUGUUUGUCAUCUCGCGUAACGGCCCAGACUCGGGUCGCCUUCCUACAGCGCAUACCUGCUUUAACCACCUGCUACUACCAGAGUACAACAGCCGCGAGAAGCUCAAAGAGCGUCUGUUGUUAGCGCUCAAUCAGGCCGAAGGCUUUGGACUACGGUGA